CUGCCGCUUGGAGCGGUGAGUGUCUGGGCGGAGUCGUCUUGUUCUGAGGUAUCCCGGUACCACAGGGCGCUGACAAUGCCUUCUACUUGGGAGAAGAGGUGGCUUUACUCUGAGCUGGGGAAGAAAGUGGUUUUCCUCCCCAGCCUCCUUCUCCAUAAGGAGUUCAGAAGCACUGGGCUUCCCAAGAUGCUUGAGGGAGUGCUGAUCUUGGCGGAUGUGUCAGAUUUCACUGCCUUGGCACACAAGUGCUACCGCAGGAGCGGUCCAGUGAGAGGAGCUGAGGAGCUGGCACAAUCCCUCAAUAACUACAUGCGCUGCAUUCUGGAGGAGAUGAUGAAGUUUGGAGGAGACAUCCUGAAGUUUGCAGGGGACGCUGUGCUGGUGAUGUGGAGAGCAUCAGGGCAUGACCUGCCUAUGGCCAUCAACCUGGCGCUGCAGUGCUGCAGGAAAAUCCAGAAGAAGUAUGGCACUCAUGAGACAUUCAUGGGUCACAAGCUCUACCUGAGGAUAGGGAUCUCCGCCGGGAAUCUCUCCUUCAUUUCUGUCAAAGGGUGGGAUCGUCAGUACUUCUUCAUCUGCAACUGGACUCUGGAUGAUGUAAUCGAGGCCCAAGGCCUUUCGGCUAACCAUCAAGUCAUGCUGUCACAGAACUGCUGGGAUCUGUGUGAGCAAAAAAGAAUCAGGGCCAGGCCUCUUGCUGGCAAGCGGGCCAUGAAGGUGGUGGGAAUGAAGCGCUUAGGUCGCAAAGAAUACCGUGCUGCAGUAGUCAGGCUGAACAAAUCCAGAGGAGAGAGGCAUUUUGAAGGAACGGGCCUCCUAAGGUCCACUCUUGUGAUGUCCAGUGAUUCUGAAACAAAUAGGUGGCUGGAGAAGCACUUAUCGACAGCUGUUCUCCGGAAGCUUUCUGAACAUGUGCGCUGGAGCUGUGCUCUGAGCUACGGCCCAUCACCAGCCUCUUCAUCCAGCUGCGGUUUACUGACAAGAUCACCGUGUUGGAACUCAGCAAGACCCUCAGCGAUUGCAGCAAGAUGAUUUCAGAAAUUAUCAUCCCUUACAAGGGUGAAAUCAACAAAACUCUUCUGUUUGACAAAGGCUGCACCGUCCUCUGCAUAUUUGGAUUUUCUGGUGCAAAGAUGGCCGACGAGAGCGCCCAUGCCUUGCAGUGUGCUCUGCAGAUCUUCCA